UUAUCUCAUCUUCACUCACAAAACAAUAGGCCUUCUCCUCCACCUCCUCUUCACCAGAUGAAAUUAAAAUAAAUUAUCGAAAAAAAAAAACCCUAACCCCCACACCCCCAAACAAAUACAAACACUAAGGUAGUACUAGCACUACUAUUACCAUUACCAUAUGGUCCGAGCCAUGGAUUUAUCAUCAUCAUCACCACCAAUAUCCCCCACACCCACCAACACUUCCCCAAAUACAGAUUCCCAAACCCCACCGCCGCCGCCGCCACCUCCGCCGCCACAACCACCGCUCUUUCCUCAGCCCAUAAAGUCGUUAUCUUUCGCCGCCAUUAACGGCUCCUUCAACCGCCAGCAACCGCCAAAAAUUGUGGUUUCCUACUCCUACCGCGAAUGCCUCAAGAACCACGCCGCCACCAUCGGCGGCCACGCCCUCGACGGCUGCGGCGAGUUCAUGCCCUCCCCUUCCUCUCUCCUCUCCGACCCCACCUCGCUAAAAUGCGCCGCCUGCGGCUGCCACCGCAAUUUCCACCGCCGCCACCCCGAAGACUUAUACCACCCCCCUCGCCACGUCACCACCGGCAUCCACCUCCUCCCCUCCCGGCCGCCGCCGCCGCUUCUUCUUCGCCGGAACUCAAGCCCAAGCCCCAGCCUCAGCCCGGCCCGAAGCUCCAGCCCCGGCCCAUCCCCGACCCCAAGCCCAACUCCCAGCCCACACUCUCCGCCGUCGGUUUCCCACCUCCCGCCCAACUACUCCUCCUCCUCCUACUUCGCUUCUCCGCCGCAGAUACUGCUGGCUCUCAGCUCCGGCUUAUCUCGGCCGUCCGAUGAGCAAUAUCAGAACUUGAUGAAUCCGACGGCUCACAAGAUGAGCGGCGCGGAGAACGGCAAUAUCACUAAUGUUUCGAAUGCAAGGAAGAGGUUCAGGACCAAGUUCAGCCAGGAGCAGAAGGAGAAGAUGUGUUUGUUUGCCGAGAAACUGGGGUGGAAAAUGCAGAGGAGCGAGGAAAAAGUUGUGGAGGAGUUUUGUAAUGAGGUUGGUAUUCGUAAAGGGGUUCUCAAGGUUUGGAUGCACAACAACAAGCACACUCUUGGGAAGAGAUCGUCAUCGUCAUCUGCAGACAGAGGAUUAUUAAUUAGCCGUAAUGUUAUUAAUAAUGGCACUAAUGUUGACGAUAAUCAUCAUAAUCCUCACGAAGAAGAUACUACUGAUAUUGAGAAAGAUGAUGAAGAAGAUCAUAGAAAAGCUAAUUUCAAUUUUUUCGCUAAUGGGUCGUCUUCUUCUCUAUGAAUCAAGAGAGAGAGAGAGAGAGAUAAGACAAAAAGUCUAUGCUUAAUUGUUACACAAGUUAAUUUCUUUUUUUUUUCUUUUCUUUUUUUACCUUCCAUGAUUUCUCUCUGUUACCUUGUGAUUAAUGUCCACUGACUGCCUAGAGAGGUUCAAAAUGUGAACUUUUAGAAUU